GGGGGGGGGGGGGGUUAAGAUUUCCGAGAAAGUAUCCACGUGGUUUGUGGAUGGUCCCUUUCUAACGAGUCCAAAGAAGAUCUGACAACCCUAUCAAAAGUUAUUAGCACUUGUGUAUUAUUUAUACACUUUUUGGAGGCCGGAUCUUGGAUAUUUCAAUGAAAAUGGUGUCCGGGUUCAUCAUGCGACCCAUCGUUUGUUAGAUAAUUGAAAGACCUUUCAAAUGAACCUAAAUCAUCGAAGAUCUUGCAACCCUAUGAAAAGUUAUGAGAACUUAAGUGUUACAUGUUGAUCUUACAAUAAUUUUACACUUAUUAAAGGCCGGAUCUCAGAUAUUUUGAUGAAAAUUUUGUUGAAACUCUUCAACAGAUUAAAUCGCACCAGUAACAAGCACGCCGUUAAGCGCAACAGCAGCACCAGACCACCACCAGCACCACCUCCAAGAACCAGCAUCAUCCAAAAUCCCGCCCGCGCUCCAGCAACGAUCGUUCGCCUCCAAGGACCAGCAGCGUUGCCUUCAACUAAAAAUAAAACUUAAAAACAAAUUAACCGAGUGAUGUCCGUUCCGGUGGCACAGGUGAAACAGGACGGGCACGAUGGGGUCGAAAGUUAUCAGCAGUCGUCAUCGGGUUUGGCGGCGGUCGGGCAGACGGCUAGCAUCGACAUGCAAUAUGGUUGGGAGACGAUUGCCGGCAUUAUACGAAUUCCGUACAUCUUACGACAGUCGGAACGAAUCUGUGCCGUGCGAAUUGUCGAACUGAAACUGUUCAACAGGUUUCUGAGCGACCUGCCUCCGGAUAUUUGCAACAUGGCCUGUGUUCAGGCGUUCCUCAUGACCGAGGCCGAGAGCAAACUGUUCAACAAGAUCAACACGAUGUGCUGCGACUCCCAGUUUAAAAUGUUCACAGUCAACGAUGCGGUCGUGCGGGUUUCGGAAGUCCACAAGUCGUACCAGUUCUUGGAAUUUUGCUACAAGAAGAUCAAUGGCUGUUGUACGUUCAACGACAGGUGUGGCUUCAUCCGCAUCGGCAAAGGGUCCGUAGUUCCUUACACCGUCCGGGACAACCAGAAGAUGGUGCCGCUGUUCUACUUCGGGGGAGAGACUGAUAAUCUUAAGCUCAAAGUCGAUUACCUUUCCGGCUGGGACCUGUCCUAUCUCAAGUUCUGCUGCAUGGUCCAUGGCAUUCGUAGGGAACUGUUCGCCUGUCAAACCAUCGCCGUCGUCAACCUCAACGAUAUCAAACGUUGCUAUCCCCUGGGCACCGCCUUCGACGAACACUUCCCCUACAAGUCCAUGUACGCGCAGCUAGCGGCGAAGCAGGGCAAUCCAUCGCCCAAGUCCGUCAUCCACCAAACCGGAGGAGUUCGGAGUUCGGUUCUGCAGCCCGCUAAUAACCAGCGUCAUCAGGUUCUCAAACCGCACAACGGAAACAUGCAAGCGGCCAAGCGCCCGCAGCCAAAGCAAGCCGUGCAGAGUCGCCAGGUUCUGCAGCCCGCCAAUGCAACCACGACCGACAAAGACCAGCAGGAGUCCGGGCCGGUGCGGAGUUCGGUUCUGCAGCCCGCCAAUAAUCAGCGUCAUCAGGCCAAGCCAAGCCAGGCCAAGCGCCCGCAGCCAAAGCAAGCCGUGCAGAGUCGCCAGGUUCUGCAGCCCGCCAACGACCAGCAGGAGUCCAAUCGGGCGGUGUCCGUGAUAAUGUUCGUGCAGAGCCCGACCAAUCCGCCGCUGCAGGAGUCCUGGCUUCAUUCGGUCGUCCCGCUGCAAGAGCAGCUCACCAACGAUCAAGCCGAGUCCGACAUUCAGAUACUCGACUGGAGUUCCGCCGACGAGGAGGAGCUGUUCGGACAACAAGCCAACCAGCCAGCCGUGCGGAGUUCACCCGACAGCACGGCGCACCAAGAGCAGAUAACCAUCUUGUCCAAUGUGAAAGUGGCAACACCGCUCCGGGACGACCAAAUCCGGUACAUGAUGAAAGCCGGAGCGUCAAUUUCGCCGGUCAUCGCUGCAUCACCGGUACCGUACAGUACGCCGGCCAGAUCACCUGGUUUCUCGCCAUCGCCGGUCAGCCGUCUGCCGUCGCCGUCGCCAUCAUCGCCCCCGGGACAUACCCCCCGGGCCAGGUCACCACUGUUCUCGCCGGUCAGCCACUGUUCUCGCCAUCGCAGGUCACCACUGUUCUCGCGCUCGCCGUCAUCUUCUGGGUCGGAAGCAGAGUCCCACCGGAGCAGGUCCCCAGCCCUUCCGCCGAUGCCGGUCACGCCUCAGCCUCAGCCUCAGCCUCAGCCGGCGCUUCAAGGACGAGUAACCAAGAAGGCAUGUUACAACAUCUCUUGCAAUUUGUACGGGAGAGAAUUCAAGAACCAGCGCCAAAAGUUCGAUGAAACAAAAAUCGUCGUCCAGGGAAAUAACGCCAACAGCGUUGUUUCUGACCUCUGGCAAAAGGUUUCGACCUACGUUGAUCGGGAGGUGCUUAUCACCAUGAGCAAGGACGACGCCGGCAAGGUGGUGGUGAAGGCUACCUGGGCGAAGAAUCUCCCCGUCUUAGACGACGCGAGUCGAUUUGUGGAAAUCACAUUGCCCGGAGGGAACCGCAAGGUGACAUACAAACCGAUACACAUCGUGCAGAAUCCGCACCUUCUCGACAAAAUCCGCUCCGCUCAGACCGUGGACAUCAUCGUCUACAAGUACUCCAGCAACGUGAGUAACAACACGGUUCACAAAGCCGUUGUUGCGCAGCUUUUCGAUAAGCCUGGAGGGAAGGACAGAGCUGGGGCGGCAUCGAACCAGCGGCUCUGUGAAAUUCAAGAGCGACUGGAAGAAAUUCACGCCCACAAGUACGACGCCCAGAACAUCCACUUCACGCUUUGGGCAAUGGCGAUCGAGAAGACGGCGCCGAAGAACCCUGUUGAUUUUGAGCAAUGUCUCCACAACCCGCCUCCAGCUGAUUUGCUACAUUUCUUCCCCGUUCGGGAGACAAACCACGAGCGAGCUCUGAUGAGAGAGUACAAGCUGGCCCAGAACGUUAACAACGCCUACGGCAACUUCAUUCAGCUCGAUAAGAACAGCUUCGAUCAAACCCAGGCUGCACUACGCUGCCUCAAUGACAGCUUCGAACAGGCGAAGCGGAACCGCGAGAUGUUGGAGGCGACGUACCAUACGAGGGCAUCGUUGAUCGAAGCCUCCGUAGUUGAUCUGCAGGAGGCGAAGAAGGAGACAGAGGAAGGAAAAAGGUUGGCGAAGGCGGUGCGAACGCUGAAGGACUUCGACCACCCGGACGUUCAUGAGAACGAACGCGCAAAGGAGAAUACAAACAGACACAGGGGCAGUACGAGAAGAACAAAAGGACGGCGAAGGGAAAGGCUACGAAGCGUUUAGGCAGGUGGUGAGGGACGAAAGGGAGAAAAGGUAAAGUGCAAAGAGGGAAAGGGAUGAGCGAAAGUUGUAACAAAAAGUGUAUAAGCUGUAAGAUGGGCAGUUCGACGGGAAGUUCGACCAGAAAGACGCACCGAGUAGACAGAGAGAAAAAAGAACGUUUACAAGAGAGAACAAGUACAAGGGAAUAGAAAGAGAGAGAACAAACAACAAAAUGAACAAAAUUAACACAACCAAAAACUGCAAUUUAAAUAAACAAACAAACCUGAUUUGAAGACAUGUAAAUAUGAA